AUGGCUCGUCCAGUAUCCUCGCUCGUGCCUCGGGCGCGGCCCUCAGCAGGCAAGCCCGAGGACACAGCCGUGCUUCUCGAAGAGUUCAUGGGUUUCGUGGCAACCUUCUUUCAUGAUGCGAGCCCAGCAGCGUCGCAAAGAGCACAUGCUUCUACGCGAGGCCGCACUCCAAGCAGACGAUGGUUCCAUGCUCAGCGUCAUCUUGCCAUGGAGCGGGCCACACCUGUCUCGUCGCCAUCUCACAGCAAUCAGCCACAGCAGACGCCCCAAGCCCAUUCCAAUCGGGCUCGUGGAUUUCACAACUACUUCGUCACACACCUCCCUUCGUCCUCGCUACAUCCCGACUCGAGAGUCGUGAGCGGUCCGCACCACAAGCUUCCUCGCGCCGCCUCGACCCCGCAUACCCCCGGCCCCGGGUCCUCGACUCCAGCCUCGCCUCCCAACAUGCUAUCCCGCGACCUGACUGUAGUGCGUAUACCACUGCGCAGUGCAAAGCACCACUUUGGUGCCUUCAGCGGUCGGGGCAGCCGCCCCUACAACGAGGACACAGACCAAGCUGGCACAAUCGACAUACCAGCUUUCGCCAAGCGGGCGCCCAUGAGUCUGGUCAGGAGUGAGAGGAGGAACAAUGCUGGCGAGGCCACGACCGCCGACAGCUCGUUCGGGGACCCUCAGAUAUUCUAUUUUGGCGUUUUCGACGGUCACGGCGGCUCUCAGUGCGCUGAGUUCCUCAGGGACGAGUUGCACGGCUACGUUGAGGAGGCUGCCAACGCGUUCGAGCUGAAGAGUAGUCUGAGAAAGAGGAACAAAGGGCCAAAGGGGCCAUCAGAUCAGGCCAGCAGCACGGAACCGCUGACAUCCGUGGAUGAGUCAAAAGAAGAGGCUUUGGAGGGCAUAGACAUGAAAAGUGCGGACGAGGUCAAGGCUCAGGUGCAGGGCACGCCUGCAGAAAAUGGCAAAUUGCCAACCGCCGCAGGCCAGAAACCUCUCCCGGUCAAAGCGGAUAUUCCCAAGGCCAUCAAAUUAGAGCAGGAGCUUCUCGAUGAGUACAAAAGGACUAUAGGUGGCUAUUUUAGGCGAUUCAGACCAGCACUCUUCGAUCCGGGAAACUCUUCAGCCAUCACCAACACCGGGGACAGAGCAAAAUCAGCCACCCCGAAGGUUUCGAUAGAGUCGGUAUUGACCUACGCCUUCCUCCGCGCUGACCUUGACUUCGUCACCGCCCAAGCCCGCAAGCCCGACCCAGACGAUCCCUACGUCAGCGACAACCAACCACUCAACCAAGACGAGGUGCUGGGAUCUUCGCCGCACGCCGCUCCGUCGGGCCACAUGAUCGGCGGCCCCACGCGCUUCAAGGGUGGCAGCACCGCAUCCAUCGCCCUGAUCUCGACACCCACGCCGGCACCCUACUGGCACCCCGCGACGCACAGCACUGUCGUAGUCGCACACGUCGGUGACACGCGCAUCCUACUGUGCGAGACGGCCACGGGUCUGGCGGUGCCGUUGACUAGCGAUCACCACCCGUCCAGCCCGACAGAGAGCCGUAGGCUAGCGCGGUUCGCCGAGUCUGUUACGGACAGCUUCGGCGAGGAGCGCAUCGGGGGGCUGGCCAACAGCAGGUCGUUCGGCGACAUGCAGUCCAAGCGGAUCGGGGUCAGCGCCGAGCCGGAGCUGACGCGCCUCGACCUGGGCCCCGCGCAGUACUCGUUCCUGGUGCUGAUGAGCGACGGCGUCAGCGGCACGCUGAGCGACCAGGAGAUCGUGGACGUGAUCAAGGAGGCCAAGACGCCCGAGCAGGGGGCCAAGAGCGUCGUGGAGUACGCUAACGAAGUGAGCCACAACGGUGACAACGCCACCUGCCUCGUGGUGCGGCUCGGGGGCUGGGAGAGGAGGAGCGAGGGCGGACUAGGCAGUCUGGGCACGAAAGAGAUGCGCGAUGCGAGGAGGGCGGAGGCGCUUGAUCCCAGGAGGGGGAGGAGGUGA